UACGUGAGAUUACUCAGCGCUCAUUGUGGCAGUUGCGCGCGCAUAUCUUGCCCCAUCGUACCAAGCGUCCGAGCGGGUUCAGUCGCUUCCUAACCUUCCGCUACAAACCACACACAGAGUAGACACAGUCGAGCCAAACCAACACCCCCACAGUGCAGGUGUAUGGGUAGAGAGCUAUCAGUUUCGGUGCAUUUGUUUGUUGUGGCGUUUGGCAGUAGAACGGCUGUUCGAUUUGAAUGAAACCGUAAAUCGAGAGAAAGUGUUUUUUCCUCAAUGGAAGAACCGGUGACGCCAUGUUUGGAGGAUCAUCUAGUGGUGUACGCGCUGCAGUAUCUACUACUCUGGUUGUUUUUCUUCUCUGAGGUACGCUAUGUGAAGCAGAAUGUCCCUGGCGGUGCAUCAUCGAACCGUACCGCGUACAGAGUGCUUUCGGUGUACCUGGUGCUUAUAACGCUUGUGGCUGUCGUUGUCGCUGCGUACCGCCUAAUCGACGACUCGGUAGCAGUUUGGCGAGAUGGAUUGGAGGCUGGCUCUAUGGUGGCCGUCCUUUUUCUGCAGAUUUACGCAACGAGUCGCAAUGUGGAUCACGUCUUCCUGUUCACCUACUGGACCCUCCGGACGCUUGCCCUCUCGAUAGACGUUGCGUUCGAUCGUACCGAUGCGUACGAUCUGGUGCAUCUCAUUCUGGCCUUUGUUUGGCUGUGCGUGUGUGGCGUUAGAUCGCUACUGACCAACGAAAAUCAUUCCGGCACCGGGUUGUCCACACCACGGGAACCGAAUCUCGUACGUAGCUGGUUCUUUUCCUGGUUGGACCACACAUACCGGGAAGCUCACCGGGGUAGUGAGUCAUUCUACGAAGGCAAGCUGUUUGGUAGCCUGCCGGAUGAUCGAAGAUGUGAAACACUCUUGGAGGCGUACGAGAAAUCAAAUGCAAAGCGGGGCUACACUGCCGUCGACGAUGGCAGUGGACGGAAGGAGAAGGAAAGUCAUCGAUUUACAAUCCGACGGCUACUUAUCCCCUUCCGGCGGGAUAUCGUACUGUCCGGCGUGAAUCGGUUCGCGCUGAUUGUGUUCUACUUUCUCUGCCCUUAUCUGCUACGAGUUCUGCUUGAAGAAAAUCAAUCCCGCAUGUACCAGAAGUGGAUUGUGGCGGCACUGUUUUAUGCGUCGAUUACGAUUGCCAUACUGAACACACAGUACCAGCACGCCACCCAGGACAUCGGCCUACGCAUCAAGUCCAUCCUGAUGGGUGCGAUUUACCGGAGCAUUCUUGCCGAAGCUUCCACCUCGAACACAUCGAGCGCAACGCUCACAACCGACACGAUGGUGUUUGUGCCCUUGGUGCAAGAAAUCCACAUGAUGUGGUCCGGGCCACUGAUCAUCAUCGUCACGUUCGUCGCACUGUGGGCAUGGGUUAUAGGACCUAGCGGUAUCGUAGGUCUAACCAUCAUGGUGAUCGUGAUCUACAUUACGAAGCGUAUCGCGCAGAAGAUUUCCAACCAGGAGAAGCACAUCAAACGCUGUAAGGAUGAUCGUGUCCGCUUAACGACCAACUCGAUCGAACAGAUGCAACAGAUCAAGUCCGAUCUGUUGGAAGAAUAUUUCGAGCAACAGAUUGACGACCAUCGGCGGGCAGAGUUGCGGCACAUGCGAACGUUCAUGUGGUACGACGCGCUGAAAUAUCUGCUCAGCAUCGUCACACCAACGAUCGUUGCCUGCGGGACGUUCCUUUUCAUGUACCUAGAGGGCAGUGGGGCUCUGCUGACCGUACAGUCAAUGUUUGUAGCGAUCGCCCUGUUCAACAUAACGCGCUACCCAAUGUCGGUGAUACCGAACCUGAUGACUAACUGGCGAAUCGCGAACGAGAAGCUGGACGCGAUCAAUGCGAUUGUGGGCGGUGGAAAGCAGGAGGAACCGAAUGUAAGAGCACAGAAAGGUGGCAUGAAAAAUGGAGUGUACAAAGGAAGCCUCGAGAAGAUGCAGGACGUCGUAAAUACGUUCGUUGAUCAGCUGGAAGACUCGAUGGCGGAUUCGUCAAAGGCGGAGAUACUGAAGUAUGAACGAGCACAGUUUUCGAUUGCUGAUCGAGUGAUCUUGCGGGAUAUUAGUAUGAAGCUGCGUGCGGGCACCUUUACCGGUAUCAGCGGAACUCAUGGCUCGGGGAAGACUACACUGGUGCGUGCGAUGAUCGGGACGGUCAGCAGAACGGCGGGAACAAGCACCAUCACGUGGAACAGCGUAUCCUACUGCCCACAAACACCUUGGAUCCAUAGUGGCACCAUCCGCAGUAAUAUCCUGUUCGGGCAGGAGUACGAGCAGGAUCGAUACGAGGAAGUCCUGCGAGCCUGCUGUCUCGAAGAGGACCUAAAAACAUUCCAAGACUACGACGAGCGUGUCGUAAGCGAAGGUGGACACUCGCUGUCGGGUGGACAGGCACGGCGUGUCUCGCUAGCACGGGCCGUCUAUCGGCGGGCUGACGUAUAUCUGUUCGAUGAUCCACUCCGCUCACUGGAUCCGAAUGUGUCCCGAACGGUGUUUGAAAAUGUGUUUCACCGUACCAAUGGACUACUUGCCGGCUGUACCUGUGUGUUUAUAUCACACGACCCGGAGCAUUAUGCCAUAGCGGACAAAGUACUGGUGAUGGCCGAAGGUACUAUCGAGAAGGUUCUCAUACCAGCCGAUAUUGGUGAUCAGCUUGCCGAUCACAUUGCACGAGAAGAUGAGAUGGAGCGCGAUGAGCAGCAGGUAGCUAAAGAAGAUCCCAAGUUGAAGACUAAGCGUACUAAGAGCUCACAGGGAAAAAGCAAUGAGAACUCCCGGGGUAGCGUCUCACUGAAGCUGUACGCCAACUUUGCACGGCUACUCAAGCUACCGUACUAUGGCACUGUAGUGUUGUUGGAGAUAUUGACCACUGGGCUGGAUAUUGUCAUCACAACCCUGCUAGCACAGUGGGCAGCAAGUGACAAACAAUCGAACCGGGAUCUUCUCAGUACUUCGUGGAUCGUUUGCAUAUGGUCCUGUGCGGUGUUACUGAAGACAGUGCUACUACAGUGGGGUGGUCUACAGCUAUCAAAAUUCGUCCAUUCCCGCAUGCUUUCCACCAUUCUACGUCAACCGAUGGAAUUCUUCGAUCGGAAUGAUUCCGGUGUCGUUGUGAACCGCUUCGCAAACGAUCUUAACAUAGUGGAUGUGAAGAUCAUCACCAAUCUUCGUGCUGUGCUGAGCGCCUCUUUCAGUGUUCUUGGAACGUUAGGACUCUUUGUCUUUAAACUAUACAACAAACCUCUCCUGUUUGUUGUGGCACUUUCGGCUGCAGUGUUUCUAGUGUUUGGCCUGAAGCGAUUGCUGAGCUACCACCUACAGGUAGCGCGAACUUUGAAGCGUUUCGAAGCAAGCUCACGAUCACCUAUCAUCCUGCAGUACAACGAAACGAUUCAGGGUAUCGACACGAUCAAGGCGUACGAUGCGGAGGGACGCUUUCUUCGACAGUUCCUGGAACGGAUCGAUACACACCAGAACUACAUUUACCACAACAAUUCGGCUAACCGGUGGAUAGGCAUUCGGCUAGAGUUUAUCGGUGCGAUGGUGAUCUACUACGUAGCGCUACUUACCGUCAGCAAUCAGUCGAUGGUUGGAUUGGCUUUCGUGGGAAUCAUCGUUAGCUACGUGUUGCGCUUGAUUCCAUCCCUAAACAGUCUGCUGCUAGCUUCCGGCUUACUCGAGGAGAACAUCAUAUCGUUUGAGCGUGUGGCACAGUAUCUGGAUUUGCCACGCGAAACUACUGACGAAACGGGAGUCGGCUAUCCCACUUCAGGCCAAGAAAAGCUACCUGUCCGUGGCCCGAUCGAGUAUCGCGAUGUUUCACUAACGUACUCCGACGGAUCCACCGUUCUGCAUAAUCUCACACUUACGAUUGGUGCUGGCGAGAAGCUGGGAAUCGUAGGUCGAACUGGUUCGGGCAAAUCGAGCUUCAUUGGGACGUUGUUCCGCUUCUACCCGAAGAAUACAUCCGGAACCAUUCUCAUCGCUGGUGUUGGGUUAAAAGCCAUAUCGCUCCGAAAGCUUCGCAACGAACUCACACUCGUCCCGCAAAGUACAAGCUUAUUUUCCGGUCUCGUACAAAACUUCAUCGACCCAUGGAAGGCUCAUACGGUCGAGCAGCUGCAAACGAUUAUGCGCGAAUGUGAGCUAGCCAGUGUUAGCCUGGGUGCAACACUGCAAGAACUUUCCGACGGACAGCGUCAACUUCUGUGCUUGGUGCGUGGUCUGUUGCGUCGGAAACCGAUCAUCAUACUGGACGAAGCCACCUCCGGGUUGAAUGCGGACACGGAAGAUCUCAUACUAAAGGUUUUUCACAAACAGUUUCACGAUCGUACCGUGCUGAUGAUCGCCCAUCAUCUGAAUACGGUGAAGUGUUGCGAUCGUAUACUGUGGUUGCAGGAAGGACGUGUUCGUAAAAUUGCUCCCCUGAGCGAGUAUACGGUAGAGGAGCGUGUUGAGCUGGGGUUCCGAGAUUAGUACUUACAUGUAACGGGUUGUGAUAUUAAGGGUUCGU